AGCGUGCUUAAUUUAAGAUCUCAACAGUAAUUUUGUUUUGCAACGUAGCCUCUAUAUAGACUAUUGAAUGACUGUACGACUAAACCUGUCUAUUUUAUUAUGAAAGGUGUGAUAAUAGUAAGGAUUCAUAUUUCAAACAGAGUCUACAAAGCGGUGAAUUAGCAUAUGUCAAGAGUGAAUUUACAUAUUUGGUAUGUAUUUAAAAAGGGGUCUAAUCUAAUCCAGUUAUUCAGACACAACAGCACAAGCUAGAGGUUUCCACAAGCAGUGCCUGGACUUUAAGAAAAGAGAAAAAAAAAACCCUGCAGAAGACAGUAUGAAGAAAUAACACUUGUUUCUGACUGAAAGCACACUCCAAACAACAUUUUUGGAUUUAAAGAUUUUUAAGGGACGCGUUUUAAUUUAUUAGUUACUUUUUGCAUAUAAUUUACUGGAUCUCUGAUACUUGGAAGUGUGAAUUGUUAAUCAGCUCUUCGAUGGCUCCUUUAGCCGAAGUAGGGAGCUUCUUUGGCGGUCUGGAUGGUUUUGGACAUGUCGGUUCACAUUUCCUACUGCCUCGUCCUGGGGAUAACCCUAUUCUUCUGAGUGAUCACCUGGCUCAGAACGAAAGACUGUCCCGCAGCACAUCUACGGAUUUAGCCCAUUUACAAGGCAUCCUUCGGAGGAGGCAGCUCUACUGCAGAACUGGUUUUCACUUAGAAAUACACCCUGAUGGUACUGUGCAAGGGACAAGGAAAGAUCAUAGUCGAUUUGGUAUUUUGGAGUUUAUAAGUGUUGCAGUUGGACUGGUCAGCAUACGAGGAGUGGACAGUGGUCUUUAUUUAGGAAUGAACGACAAAGGAGAACUUUAUGGUUCUGAAAAGUUAUCAGAAGAAUGCAUCUUCAGAGAGCAAUUUGAAGAAAACUGGUACAAUACUUACUCUUCCAAUCUUUACAAACACAGUGACAAGGGAGGCCGGUAUUUUGUAGCACUAAACAAAGAUGGCACUCCAAGAGAUGGGACUAGAUCCAGACGGCAUCAAAAGUUCACACAUUUCUUGCCAAGACCAGUAGACCCGGAAAGAGUGCCAGAGUUGUACAGAGAUGUAUUGGGAUACAGCUGAGACACAGCAACUUUUUUAAUGAAGAAAAUAUCCUCAACCCAGGUUUCCAUGGAAACAGGGAUGUAGAAGUACCAGCUUCCUAAAGCAACAGGGUCAUUCGAAGACUAGUUUUGGGAUCUGUACUCAAAGAGAACAGGCUUAGUGUUUCUGUGCCAGGAAGACAGUUCAGCAUGUCUGACGAUAACAAGGCUGAAAGCAAGAGCUGCUUGCUCCUUUUGGGCUCUAUUGAUACCUCACCAAGUAAAAGACAAAAGGAAAUUGGUAAUUAAGCUAUGAUGUCUCCUAUUUGGAAUACGUCACAUCUAUCUGUUAGAGAACACUCCUUUCAUGAGAUGGAGUAUCUGCAGAAAGAAUGUCUUGCAUUGUUGGACAAACAUCUUUUCCAUUUAAAAUCUGAACUGUGAAGGAAGUUAUUGUGACUGUAAAAUCAAUCAAACAUUUCAAUCGGUGAAAGUUAAAACUGGAUUGAUCACUUACAAAAGUUAUCCCUUUCCAGGAUGGACUUAUUUAUGCAAUUCCAGAUAACAAUUGAAAAAAAAAAAAAUUAUUUUGUAUAUUUAUUUAUUGAAGAGUUUAUUUUUACUGGAAUAAGUACAAUACGAUACAUUUUCUGUGACAAUAUUUAUUCAGAUGUAAUUAUGAAGAUAAAAGAUUACAUCAUAACUCAAUUGGAAAUAUAAUUUUUUUGUGACAUCUUUUAUAGAGUAUAGUUUAGGGUAUAUUUUUAAAUUAAUGUUGUUUCCUAAAAAAAAAAAAAAAAAAAAAGGUCAUAUAAAAAGCCUUGAUUUGUA